AUGACAGGCUCUAUGGUCACGGACAAGAGGCUGAAAGAUUUGAAUAUAACCUGCCGAUACGGAGGUGUGUUCCACGUGGAGAAAAAUGGUCGCUACAGCAUCUCCAGGACAGAGGCCGCUGACCUCUGCAAGGCUUUCAACAGCACUUUGCCCACCAUGGCCCAGAUGGAGAAAGCCCUGAGUAUCGGGUUUGAGACCUGCAGGUACGGGUUCAUAGAAGGGCAUGUGGUGAUCCCCCGUAUCCACCCCAACUCCAUCUGUGCUGCAAACAACACAGGGGUGUACAUCCUCACAUCCAACACCUCUCAGUAUGACACGUACUGCUUCAAUGCCUCAGCUCCACCCGAAGAAGAUUGCACAUCGGUCACACAGCUGCCCAAUGCCUUUGAAGGACCAAUUACCAUAAUGACUUGA